AUGAAUGAAGCACUUGGUGAAUUAUUGAAUUUAUUCGAUGAUGAGGAACAAAUUGAAGAACAAAGUUUAUUAAAUAUCAAUGAUGAAAAUGAUAGAGAGAUUGAGAAGGUCAAUGCCAAACAAGAAAAGGAAGACGCGGCUAAUUUAACUGUGCCAAAUGCAAUUAACGCAGAUAAAAAACCAAUUCGAUCUCUCAUCCCAAUAGAUUUUGGAUAUUCUAAAGAUAAUACUAAUAGCUAUGACCAGAAGAAGAAAACUGAUAAUAGAAGCAGUUUGUUACAUUGUGAUGGUACAAGCUCGAGUGAAGACGAACGAAGUAGAAAUGAUAACGUAAUCCAUCUCAGCGAGGCUGGUCGAAACAUCAAACGGCAGUUGAAAGAAGCGAAACGAAAUCAGUCAAAUUCUGCAUAUCGAGUGGAAUCUACGACAAGACAAAAACUUAGUGUUCAAGAAAAUCGUCAUGCACUUCAAGGAAAAGCUCAGCAAAUAACAAGAGCUGUCGAGUCAUCAUCGAAAGAUGCGUUGAAAGUUUAUGAUCAAUUUUUUGGUAUUCGCAUCAGGAACCCAACUCUUUCAUCAGCAGCUUUUGAAUCAUAUUGCGACGGUUUGAAGAAAAUCCGCUUAAGCCAGCUGAAAUCCAGCUUUCAGUUAGACAAUAAAUGGAUUUCCUUGGCAGUUAUUGUAGAAAAAACAGGUUGUCGUAAAAGCGCAAACGGAAAUGAAUAUAUGAUCUGGAAUACUUCCGACUUAACGAAUUCUUUAGAUACAAAUGUUAAAAUUCUCGUAUUCGGUGAUUGUGUCAAAAAAUUUUGGAAACUGCAGCUUGGUAGUGUUAUUGCGCUUGUAACACCAUCUUUUGCUGACGGCGAUGAUAAACAAAUAACAGUGAAAUUAACGAAAUGUGCACAGGUUUUAGAAUUGGGAUUUUGCCCUGAUUUUGGUCGCUGCAAGGCAAUCAAAAAUGAUGGUGGAUUGUGUCAAAAUGUGGUAAACUUAUCACAGUGUGAACGUUGCAUUUAUCAUGUUCAACGAGCAGCUCAAAAAUUCACAGCAAAUCGUGGCUCAUUUGCAUCCGUAUUAUCAAAUCCCAAUCGAAAAUUACCAUUGCAGGAAUCAAAUUCACUUUCGAGUGGCAUAAUUACAAUGCCAAGAAGAGUUUCAACAAAUACUUUGUCGAUAAAUGAAAGCAGAAAGAAUUUCAAACAACAAAUUACUAGUUGUUUUAUGAGAUCGAAAAGUUUAAAGGAAUGUGAAAAGAUGAAAUUGGAUGCUUUAAUUGCGAAAGAAGUUGCAAUUUUUGGAUCAAAAAGUGCAUCACAACCGCAUGGAAAAGUAUCAGGAGAAAGGAGUGACGAAUCACUGAAAGAAUUUCUACAGAAGCAGGAUGAGAGCAAAAAUUCAAUGCAUUCGCCAAUCCUUGGCAAAGGCUUAAACUCUGGAUCUGUUUUAUUGAUUAGUCCUAGAAAAAUCAGCAAAUUAGACGCUUCAGAAAAUGCUAAGCGGAAAGCUAUUGCAACAAUAAAGAAAAUAGGUGGUCUAGAAAAAGCUGAUCCAAAUUCAGUUAACGGUAGACCUAAAAAAAGACGUUUGUUCUUUUCUCCAGAGCAUAAAGGAGGUGAGCUAAAAAUGAAAUCCGGAAUUGAUGUGAAUUGUGAUGACAAUUCAAAAAUCAGAGAAUUCUCAAAGAAAACUGUUUUUACUGAUGAUGAAAUUUUGAAAUUGUUGGAGAAAAGAAGCAAUCACGAGAGUGAUCUCCGUCGGGAAGAUUCUGUUCGUGAAGCGCGUUACUUUAAUGCCAUGGAACAAAAAGAAAGAUUUGAAAAUUAUCUUACCAAUACCAUGGAAAUUAAAGAUUGUAAUGUAGUUAAGUGCACUCAGUGCAAUUAUACGUCACAUAAACAAAGUGAAUUAUGCAAGCAAUUAAAUCAUACUGUGAAACAAUGCAAAGCCAACAAACGAUUCUUCCGCUGUAAACAAUGUCAUAGGCGUACAGUUUCAUAUGAACGAUUGCCUACAGUUCCGUGCACGCAAUGUGGUUGCAAUGAUUUUCAACGGGUAGCAAUGAAGGAUGAACGAAGAGUAAAAUUAGCACAAGAAAAUUUACUUUUACGUGGCGAAGAACGGAAAUAUGUUAAUUGCUAA